GGACUUUGGUGAAUGCCCAGCCGUGCCAUCCUUUGGAGCCGAUUCAUCGUGGACUCAUCCUUUGUCCGAUUGCCGUUGCAAGAUGGAUAUGCCACAACGUGAACAAAGCAGGCAGGGGAUGGACCCAGAUAUCUCCUUACUGUUCAAAUGCCCGGCUUUGGGGGGUAUCCCCGAAUCUCACGUCCGAGUAGAACUUUCCCCCCUCUACGACCGGAACUCGCUGCCCGCGGAUCAGGCCCAAAUCGACAGUGUCUGGGCAGCCCGUUGCCGGCAGAACCCGUGGCUUUUCGACGGGGCCAAAUUUCGCCUCCACUCUGUCAAGCUGGAUGGGAGCAUUUUGACUUUCCACCUGGGGCUCACCAGCUACAAGGACUUCGUGGGCACCAACUUGGCAGAGACAGCCAGGCAGCUGCAGGAACAGGGGCACAAGGACUUUGGGAACAGCCAAGCCUACCUCGCCGACCCCCUGGGUGUGGGCGCCGUGUUGCACACCGCGGACGACAACUUGGUCUUCUUGCGACGGAGCCUGUGUGUGGGAGAAGCCCCAGGAAAGAUCGACGUUCCCGGCGGGCACCCGGAGCCUCAGGCUGUGUUGGGCAAGGACGCUUCGGUGGGAUCCUUGAUUCGACACCAGGAUCUCCCGGGGGAUCUGGUGGUCGGGGAACUCUUCUCUUCCGUGCUUCGUGAGAUCCAGGAUGAGAUGAACCUUCAGCCGGACACGCUCAGCAGGCCACUUUUGCUUGGCAUCGUUCGGAAUGAAACCACGGCGGGCCGGUGCAGCGCCGAAUUCUAUGUCAGGUGCAGCCUGUCCUCAGAGGAAGUGAAGCAGCGUUAUGCUCUCGGGGGACCAGAAGCUCAAGAAUCCGUCGGCAUCAUUUUUGUCAGCCGAGAGGACGUCCCGUCGAUGGAGCAGAAGGGCGAGUGGUGGAAUGAACUGUGCCCGUCGGCCAAAGGGGCCGUGAAACUUUACACAGAGGUGCUGGGAGUGCAACCGUAAAAGCCGGCUGAUAGACUCUCUCUCUCUCUCAAGGGCUGCUCUUUACCAAAAUGUCAAAUAUCAACACAAAUCCACCGGUUCCUGCUUUUCAGUAAAAGAGGGCAGUUAUGCCAAGACUCACCCCCUCUCCAGAAAACAAACUGGUAAGGACUUCCAGCUCCUAGAACUGUGCCUCUGGGGCUUCAUUUUUCAAUAAAGAGCU